UUCAGAAUCAAAUGGAUCGACAAAUUGAUUGUUGUCUUCGACGCCGAGAACUCGAAACUAAUGGAGGAAAUCGUCGGAUCGAUUGGUCACCAAAAUCGGAUCCAUUUAGUGAUAGGAAGUGCGACAAGACAUCGAUCUAUUGCUAACGGAAUCCAAGCGAUUGUUGCCAAAGAAUGGCCGCUUCCGGACGUUGUGGUCGUUCACGACGGCGCCCGACCUCUGCUCGAAGAGUCACUUCUCAACCAAUUGGUCUCAUUUGCCCUCAAAUACGGAGCUUCGGGUGUGAUUUGCAAACUUACGUCUACUGUCUUAUCGGUAUCUAAUGAGCACUUCUUGGAUAACGCUUUGGACAGAACUAAACACUUCGCGAGCGAAACGCCUCAAGCGUUUAGAUAUGAAUCUAUUAAAGAGGCCUAUAAUAAGUGCUCUGAAGAUGACUACACUUUCAACACUGAAUGUCUGGAUUUAGUCCAAAGAUAUGCCUCAACUCAAGUCAAACUCAUCGAAGCCAACGCUUCCCAGUCACGUUUAAGAAAGAUAUUUAUAGUGCAGAAGGAGUUCUCAGAGAUAAAAAGGAUAUUUUACUUCAUUGCGACUUUCAAUGCGAAUCUCAAGUAAAUUAUCGAUUCAUUAAUGAUUUAAGAGAGAAUUUGGAGAAGACUUUUACAAAUGUGGCAUUCUUUAGCAAUUCCUCUGCUGUUAAGUUGGCGUACAAUCCAUUGAUUAUAAGGAUAUUAUUAAAAUUCUGUAAUUCAUGGAAAGAAAUAACAGAGAAAAAUAUCUCUAAAUGUGAUUCUUUAAUAUACGUUAUCAUAACUUGUGAUCAAAUAAGCAAUUCUUAUAAUGAGAUGACUGUUUGGGCGAAGUCUAAGACCGCAGACAUUAAACAAUUCUUUGUCAUUCACUCUGAGCUUAAAGAACUGAACCAAAAUAAAGAGCGAAUCAUUCAAACAAUUGUAUUCCUAUCGAAACAAACUCCC